ACCCACCUGCCUAAAUGACAGCGUGUGACGGCUGGCAGCGUAUCAUGAAUAAACGAGGCUGUGAAAGCGCAUACGUUUAUUUUUCAGUCGCUGGGUGCACGGUAUUUUCCGUUUAACCGUUUAACGUUUGUUUGUUUUGUUUUUUUUCAGCCGUCCUCCUCCGCUCGGUUAACGUUAGCUUAGCCUGCUAGCAGCCAGCGACAUGAUGGCAUACAUGUGAGAGCGCUUCCUCAUUGCGUUCACCAAAAGGGGCAGUUCUGCUUUUAGUGCAUGACUUAGCGGGUGAUAAAUCCUCAGAGACUUCCCGUAAAAGGCUCACUAACUGCUAUGGAGCCGUCCGCGGCUAUGGGCUGUAUGAACAUUGGCAGCCUGACCAGCACCUUGCCGGUGAUCCCCUACCAGAAGCUCACAGACCUGUACUACCUGAGCAGAGGGGGCUUCGGCACCGUGUUCAAGGCGCAGCACUGCGACUGGAGGACCACCGUGGCCAUCAAGUGCCUGAAACUCGACAGUCCUGUUGGAGAAAGAGAGAGGAACUGCCUGCUGAAGGAGGCAGAGGUGCUCCACAAAGCCAGAUUCAACUACAUCAUCCAGAUCUUUGGCAUCUGCAACGAGCCCGAGUUCUUCUGCAUCGUUACAGAGUUUAUGAGCAAUGGCUCUCUGGACCUGUUGCUCCACGAGAAAGACAUGUACCCUGAGCUUGCCUGGCCCUUGCGCCUGAGGAUUCUGUAUGAGAUCGCUUUGGGGGUUAACUUCCUUCACAACAUGAACCCACCCCUCUUGCAUCAUGAUCUAAAGACACAGAACAUACUGCUGGAUGGUGAAUUUCAUGUGAAGAUUGCAGACUUCGGUCUUUCAAAGUGGCGGCAGCUGUCCGUCAGUAAAGGCUCAGGGUCCAAACCCACAGAGAUGGGGGGCACAGUGAUCUACAUGCCUCCUGAGAAGUACGAAGCGUCCAAGAGCCGUCGGGCUGAUGUGAAACACGAUAUGUACAGCUAUGCCAUCAUUAUGUGGGAAGUGCUGUCCAGGCAGAUUCCAUUUGAAGAGGUGACCAACCCCAUGCAAAUCAUGUUCAGUGUGCUGCGCGGGAUACGUCCCGACACAAGUCUGGACAGUCUGCCCGCUGACAUCCCCAGCAGAGAAACCCUCAUCAGUUUAAUGACCUGCGGUUGGACCUCUAACCCUGACGAACGCCCUUCCUUCCUCAAGUGUUUGAUUGAGCUGGAGCCCAUGGUGAGAAACUUUGACGAGAUUGACUUCCUGGAGGCUGUGUUGGAGAUUAAGCGGUCAAAGCUAAUGGAGAGAUCAGGAUGUUGUGCAGCCCAGUCAGCAUGUCAGAAGAGGAGUGACGAAGAAUCUCUGAACAUACUGAAGCCAUGCCCUUGGCCGGAGAGCUCCAACUCAGGCUCAGGCUCUUGCUCCUCCCAGGACACGGACAUGUCUCUACCAGGCCAACUCAUGAGCACCCCAUCAGAUGUUUCACAGUCAAAGGCUCAUAAUCUGGACAUGAAUUUCAACAAAUACCAGAGUGCCAGGCCAAUUAAUGAUUUGAACAAGUCGGGAUACGAGACACGGGAGGAUAACAUGUCCCUGAAGCCACAGCCUCAGCAGCAAGCAGAUUAUUCUCCUCCCUUGCGGCACUCUCCUCCCUUGAUGCACUCCCCUCCUUCACAAGGUCCAAUCGCCCAGUGGAUCGCAACACGGCGUGAGGACAUCGUCUUGCAGAUGACAGAGGCCUGUCUGAACCAGAGCUUGGACGCACUGCUGGCCCGCUCCAUGCUGAUGCGGGAAGAUUACGAACUGGUCAUAAACCAGCCCACGCGCACUGCCAAGGUCCGUCAGCUCCUGGACAACUGUCCCCAAUACAAUGAGGACUUCUGCCGCAUUGUUGUCCGCAAGCUUCAUGACAACAACCAGAAGGGUCUGUUGCCUUACCCAGCAGAAAUCAGCUCCCCUACCACCACCAUUCACCCCAGUGCACCACCACUGUCCAUGUCCUACAAUAACCCCAGGAACAUGUAGCAGCAGUGCCAGCCAAAUGACGGAAACAAUCCAGAUUAUAGACUGUGUCGACUUUACACUACACGUCUUUGUCAACAUGCUUCCUGUCUGUCUUUCCCUCAGUAAGACUGAGGAACGGCUUGGUUGAGCAAAAAGAGUCGCAGGUACAAAACAUUUGGCUUUGAGGUUAAUGUCCACUCAUCAACACGAGACAAAAAGGUUUUAUUCUGUAUAAUCAGAAUCAAAAGAUUUUGACUGAAUCAGUGAUUUUAUUUAAGUGUGUUAUGGAUUUAAUGAGGUGAUUUAUUUACAGUCCCUUCAUUUUGAGUAGAUGUGUUGCAUGGUUUCUCCUUUUGGUACAUUAUGCUUUUGUCUGCAAAGCUCAGUUACCAUUAUGUAACGGCAUAAUUAUGUAGCCCUCAAUUUUUAUGUGUGAGUGUGUGAGUGUGUGUGUGUGUGUGUGUGUGUAGCCUCAUUUGUAGAAUGCAAACAUACUCAAUAGGCUAAGUUGAUUUGAGUAAGUGACAGGACAGUUAACUUACUGGAAACCUACAUAAAAUAAGGUCAAUUAUCCGUUUAUGACCUGAGUGCAGCAACAAAGAGUUUCUGUGUCAGUGAGAAAAAUGAUCGCUAUGGUCUUGAAUGUCACACAGCUGAAGUGUUGGAAUGAGUUGUGAUUUUGGUACAGUGGUUAUGUGACUGUAUGGAAAGUUUUUGUCCCUGCCUGGGCUCUUUUUUUUUUCCUCCACCUCUUUUUUACCACUGAGCUAAAGAGAGUCACUGGGACAUGGAGUAAAGAGGAAGCUGAGAUUGUAAUGUAACACCCAGAAUGAGAAGUACGUGUGUGUGUCUGUGUGUGUCUGUGUGUGUGUGUCUAGAUUAAAAGUGGACCAGAGGGAUCUGCCCUCAGAUUUCUUUAUCUCUCAGUUUUCAUCACUUAUCUGGACACUUCCAUUUUCAGUUUAUUAUAGACUAAGAUUGAAAAAACUGAGCAGCUGUGCAGAAGCAUAAGACAACUGCAACACGUGAACAGAGAAGGUCAAACCUGCUUUUCUGGUAGCAAAUCGUUUUAGUUUAUCUGCUUCUAGGCGGUCUCUAGUCGGUUUAUAACUCUUGACUCGUACAACUUUUUCUACUGUAGCUGUGCUUCCUACUCUGCUAAUAAUGACAGUAAUGCCUGUUUAUAAAAUAUUUUUCUCAAGAAAAUACACAUAUUACAUUACAUUACAUUAAGACAGUAGCAUCAGUUAUUCUGUAUAAAUGGGAGUAAUACCUUUUUGUCAGCCACAGGGUUUGAUGUUCAUUCAUUCAUUCAUUCAUUCAUUCAUUCAUCGAUUAAUUACGUGCUUUUCUCCAUUUCUUGGUCUAUACUGUUUCCCAGAGUGCAAGGUGACAUUUUCAAAUAGUUUGAUUUGUAUAACCAGCAGGUCCAAGAUCCAAAGAUAUUCAAUUUACUUUAAUAGAAGCCUAAGAAAACCAGUGUUUGUGUUUUGGCUUAAAAAUAACUUCUGAUUAAUCGUAUAUCAAAACGGUUGCAGAUUAAUUUCCUGUCUGUGGACAAAUCGAUUGAUCAACUAAUCGUUUCAGCUCUGGUGUGUAUGUUGUGUGCAUGCAUAUAGUUUGUCAUUGAGCCUUACAGUCUUCAUCACUGCCUUCACUUCCUUAAAUGGGUGCUGAAAUUAGAAAUGUAGCUGUGGCGUUUACUGCCUGUGUCGUCUAUAAAUUCAUUCAUUCAUUCCUAUUUCUCUGCAUGUCAUCCUUUUCGUGAUGUGAAUACACAUGUUCACCUUCAUUAAUAAAGUGGUGUUCAGUAAAGGGUGUACUAUGAACAACACAGUGAGAACUGAACCCCAGCAGGUCAUUCUUAGUAACAGGAAGUCAUACACAAUGAUAUGAUGUUAUUUAAAAGGCCAAGCAAGGUUGAUAUGCUUCCAUUACAUUGGACUUGUAUUGCCUUGUCUUUGAUAACUGUGCCUCAUAUUCUGCUUUUGGCCUCAACUCCAGUAACGUGCAAGAGCCUUUUACACACAUAUCAAGCAAAACUGAGAAAAAAUGCUACAGAUUUGAAAGCCUAAAUAUGUUGUACCAUAUUUUGUACUGUAGAUGAUAGUUUCAUCUUUUAUAUAUAUAUAUAUUUUCAUUUGUGGUCUCAACAACUCAUUUAAAAGCAUUGUUUUUAUUAAGUGAUGAUUUGAUAUCCGUAGAAUUGCCUUCAUCAAAGUAUCGGCCUAAUUUAGUGCCCAUGUCAUUAUCGGUGUGAGUUGAUCAAACAAUAAUAUAACAUGUAACAUAAAGUUCAGUUGAUGUGUAGCUGUGGUUCCAACAGAAACUAUGUUUUUGUUUUUUUAUAUGUAUAUGUGUUGUAUCAAACAUCAUUAAAAUGGGUUCUCUGUUUUUA